GUGUCAUCAAAACAGAUACGAUAGAUGAUGAAUAGUUGCCGAAAAGUGUGCGAUAUUUUUUAUGAUGUAAAUUCUGUUCAUCAUAGCAGGCCUAGUGUUACAAGCAGGGACCCUUUGCAUUCUGCUCUUAUCAACGUCGGAAGGAACAUGUCAGACGAAGAACUAAUUAAUAAGCUUAAGGCCAGUGGACGUUAUAUGACUGCAGUCGGAACUGAUUGGCUGCCAAUAACCAUGAAGUCGCAGAUUUCGGACAAGUUCGUAAAGACGGGUGCUGCCCCGAAGGCCAUGCCGGAGUCACGGGCCCAGCCAGAAGCUCCGAAGCAGGUGCCGGAGAAGAUUUCCAACUGGCGCGAGCGGAAGACUACCAACUGGCGCGAGGAGAAGACUUCCAACUGGCGCGAGCAGAAGAUAACCAACUGGCGCGACCGCCCCGGUGGCCAGCAGCCAGGUUCCAGCUCUUACAAUGCUAAAUAAAAGGGCAAGUCAUCAUGCCAUCGA